UGGGGGUAUAGCGGCUUCUUCCAGAGAUGGGCGACAUGGAGUCCUACAAGGUGAUGCUGAAUGGGCCGGCACCCUGGGGCUUCAGGCUGCAGGGAGGGAAGGAUUUCAGCAUGCCGCUCUCCAUCUCCAGGCUGACUCUGGGUGGGAAGGCAGCCCAGGCCGGCGUGGGAGUGGGUGACUGGGUGCUGUACAUCGAUGGGGAGAGCACCAGUGCCAUGACACACAUCGAGGCCCAGAACAGGAUCCGCGCCUGUGGGGACAGGCUUUGCCUCACCUUGAGCAGAGCCCAGAACCAGCUGGGGAAGCCGCAGAAGGUGCUGAGCCUUGACAAGCAGCCCCCACAGCUGCUGGAGUCCCCCAGCACCCCUGUGUGUGACCCUGUGAAGCUGCGGAUGUUAGAGGACAUUGAUGACUCCAAGCCCCACAGCUGGACCUCCCAGUCCCGUUCCUUCCGCAAACUAUCGCGGCUGGUGGGCGCAGACAGCAUGGAGGAUGGUGAGGAAGAGCUUGUUAAAAAGCCCAGGGAUGCCCAUGGGUCCAGCUGGGGCACAGUGGAGCCAUGGCAGCCCCAGCAGCCUCUGGAGCCCCCCAGUACCCCUGGGUGUGAUCCUGGGAAGUUGCGGAUGUUGGAGGAUGCUGAGGGCUGGCAGCCCCGCACCGGGACCUCACAGUCCCGCUCCUUCCGCAGACUGGCCCAGCUGACGGGCACAGAUGGCAUGGAGGAUGGUGAGGAUGAAUUAAUUAAAAAGCCCAGGGAUGCCCACGGGUCCAACUGGGGCACGGGGCAACAUCGGCAGCCCCCACAGCUGCUGGAGCCCCCCAGUGACACUGUGUGUGACCCUGUGAAGCUGCGGAUGUUAGAGGACAUUGACGACUCAAAGCCCCACACCUGGACGUCCCAGUCCCGUUCCUUCCGCAAACUGGCCCGGCUGGUGGGCGCAAGCAGCAUGGAUGAUGGUGAGGAAGAGCCUGUUAAAAAGCCCAGGGAUUCCCAUGGGUCCAGCUGGGGCACAGUGGAGCAGCGGCAGCCUCUGGAGCCCCCCAGUACCCCUGGGUGUGAUCCUGGGAAGUUGCGGAUGUUGGAGGAUGCUGAGGUGCAGUCCCGCUCCUUCCGCAGACUGGCCCAGCUGACGGGCACAGAUGGCAUGGAGGAUGGUGAGAAUGAGAUUGUUAAAAAGCCCAGGGAUUCCCAUGGGUCCAGCUGGGGCACAGUGGAGCAGCGACAGUCCCCACAGCCCCUGGAGCCCCCUAGCACCCCUGGGUGCAACCCUGGGAAGCUGCGACUGAUAGAGGAUGCUGAGGACUGGCAGCCCCGCACCGGGACCUCGCAGUCCCGCACCUUCCGCAAACUGGCCCAGCUGACGGGCACCGACAGCAGCAUGGAGGAUCAUGAUGAUGUGUUUGUUAGGAAGCCCAGCCAGGUCUCCGUGCCGGACCCGUCCCCAGGAGCAACAAUGAAAACUGAACCAGGACUGGCCCCCAGGACCCCCAGUGCCACCCCCAGCCCCACCAGCCGCCCACCCUGGGCUGUGGACCCCUCGUUUGCCGAGCGCUACGCCCCGGACAAGACGAGCACGGUGGUGAGCAAGCACAGCCAGCCAGCCACACCGACCCCCAUGCAGAACCGCAGCUCCAUCGUGCAGGCGGCCCAGCAAGCCCCCGAGGGGCCCGGCCGCACCCCGCUCUGCUACAAGUGCAACAAGGUCAUCAGGGGACGGUACCUCGUGGCGCUGGGACAUUAUUACCACCCCGAGGAGUUCACCUGCUGCCAGUGCAGGAAAGUGCUGGAUGAGGGUGGCUUCUUUGAGGAGAAAGGCUCCAUCUUCUGCCCCAAGUGCUACGACACGCGCUACGCACCCAGCUGCGCCAAGUGCAAGAAGAAGAUCACUGGGGAGGUGAUGCACGCACUGAAGAUGACCUGGCACGUGCAGUGCUUCACCUGCAACGCCUGCAAAACUCCCAUCCGCAACCGAGCCUUCUACAUGGAGGAGGGACAGCCCUACUGUGAGAGAGACUAUGAGAAGAUGUUUGGCACCAAGUGCCGCGGCUGUGACUUCAAGAUCGAUGCUGGGGACCGGUUCCUGGAGGCGCUGGGGUUCAGCUGGCAUGACACUUGCUUUGUCUGUGCGAUCUGCCAGACCAACCUGGAAGGGAAGACAUUCUACUCCAAGAAGGACAAGCCGCUGUGCAAGAGCCAUGCUUUCUCCCACGUGUGAGGAGUGGGAAUUCAGCUGUGCCCACACAUGCCCUUGGCCCUGCAUGCUCCUCUCCCCCUGCCCUGCUGGCCCCAGGGAGCCAGGCUGGGCCCUUGGCCCUUUUCCUUGCUCCUGCCUCUUUCCUGGCAGCUUCUGGCUCAACUCCAGCCAGAUACAGUGCUGGGUCCAGCGCUCCUUAUCGCUGGGUGGCUUCUUACAUGCUUCUCAACUGGCCCUAGGAGCCUGGGGAAAGGGAUUCUGUAUGGAUCCUCCUGCCCCUGAGCCAUGCUGCAUGGUGGGCAUAACUAUGCUGAGGCUGGAAUUGGAGGGGUCUGCCACAGCUGGGCUGCUCUCUUUCUGCCUGGCAGCUCAGUGCAGGAGCAGGGAUACUCCUUACACGUCCCUGAGUGAGUGAGGACCAGCUCCUGUCUCACUCUCCACCACCUUCCCUGCUGUGUGCUUGGGGCUGGAGACCUGGCCCGGCUCCUCUGCUGGGGACCUGCUCAUGACAACACUCCAGCCACCCCUCAAACUGCCCUGGUGCCUUCCUGCCCCUUGCAUUCCAGGGGCAUCUGGGCCUCGUGCCCCCCACCCUGCUGGCCCUCUGCUCCCCUGGGGCUCGCAGCACCCCCAGCCUGGCGUGGCCCAGCUGUGGGCUGGCAGCGUGUGCUGAUGGCCAGCCCAGCCAGACGGCUGCUCCUGCAAGGCUUGGGCACAGCUUCCUACCAAAGAGCUCUCUGCCACUGCCAUCCUGGGGCCAUCAGUGCCUCCCCCCCAACCCACACCCUCCGGUCAGGCUGCGCUGAUGUAGCCACGGUGCUUUUAGUGCCUUCAAUAAACACGUCUCUGCAAGUGC